CCACGGACGCAUUUCUCUGCGCUGCGCUGCGCCGCUCUACCUGCCACGGAAGCUUUAAAAAACUGUGCUUUAAAGUACCAAACCAACUUUAAUGCAGCAUUAAAUAUAAUGGAUCGACACGUGCGGUGGAUUUUUUUCAAUCUAAUGAUGGAUUGAUACUCUCUUGGGUCUGAAGUUAAACUACCACCAACUCCAGGGAAGCGAUAUUUGACUACCAACCAAGAACAUGGACUGGAAGACCUUCCAAGCCCUUCUCAGUGGCGUGAACAAAUACUCCACUGCGUUUGGGCGAGUAUGGCUGUCGGUGGUGUUUGUGUUCCGGGUGAUGGUGUACGUGGUGGCGGCCGAGCGCGUGUGGGGCGACGAGCAGAAGGACUUUGACUGCAACACCAAGCAGCCCGGCUGCCCCAACGUCUGCUACGACCACUUCUUCCCCAUCUCCCACAUCCGCCUGUGGGCCCUGCAGCUCAUCUUCGUCACCUGCCCGUCCUUCAUGGUGGUCAUGCACGUGGCGUACCGCGACGAACGCGAGCGCAAGCACCAGGCCAAGUUCGGCGACAACAAGAAGCUGUACAACAACACGGGCAAGAAACACGGAGGCCUGUGGUGGACCUACUUGACCAGUCUCUUUGUCAAGACGGGCAUCGAGAUCGCCUUCCUCUACAUCCUCCACAGGAUCUACGACAGCUUCUACCUGCCGAGGCUGGUCAAGUGCGACGUGUCGCCUUGCCCCAACCUGGUGGACUGCUACAUAGGGCACCCCACAGAAAAGAAGGUCUUCACCUACUUCAUGGUCGGAGCCUCUGCCCUCUGCAUCAUCCUGAACAUCUGUGAGAUCAUUUAUCUCAUCUCCAAGCGCAUCGCACGAUGUGCAAACAAAGCCAAGAGGCGCAGUCGUAACAGGGUCAUCAUUGUGGACGAGUACACCGACGAGCCUUUUAACAACUGCAACAUAUCGAAGUCGAGGCAAGACCUGAUGGACAAACCUCCGUCCUUCAAGAGUGUGGACAAGAUGCCAUACCAGCCAUCGUUACUCAAACGUGAACCUAAGAUACGAGCCUCUGCUCCUAACCUUUCCCUGACUUAGUGAACCCCUGUAAUCAGAUCAAUCGAGAAGAGCUCAAUGAUGCUUGGGCCAGAUCUUAAUUACAAAUGUGGAAAAAGCCAGAUUCAGAACUGUCUGCCAAACUGCAGAAUGAAUCAGAGCUUGGGAGUUGAGUCAUCAGUGUUGGAUUCUUCCCGAGGGACCGUCUGUCCGCAUCUAAGACUCUGAGGAAUCACUCGAACUUUGGUUUCCAAGUCAACUCCCACAAUAUUUACAAAUCAGCUGUGAAAGCGACAUUGAUUUGUUUGUUGUAUGGGUUGUUUUUUUAAUGUGUGUGUGUUUAUUUUGCUUUUUAGGUCUCUGUGCCUUUUAAUCUUCGCUACAUCAUAACAUUGCAGUAAAAGUUUUUCUUAGCCUUGUGUAUCAAAGCACUCAUUGGGGUGUGGUUAGCACCUUAAAAGUGAUUUAUUUUAUUUUAUUCAUAAUCAAGUGUUUUCCUUUUUCUUUACAACUUCUUUACCCAAAGUUGUUGGAGACAAGAAAACACCUGCACUGGAGCCCAGAUGCUCCAAAAGUCAAGGCCAUGAUGAUGUAAGCAAUACUUGAAGACGUCCAUAUCGGGUCAAAAUUAAGCUAAUUUCUCUGAGAUAAAAUUAAGUAGAACAAAAAUUGUACUUUUAAAAAAAACGUUUUUAUACAUUUUUCUGUAUCUUAAUCAUUCACAGGCAUUUUGAUUAGUCUCAGGUUUAAGCUGCACAAUCCCAGGUUGUACAGUAGAUGUGCUGUCUGUGUUUGACAUGCCUGUACACAACCUCUCCUGAUCCAAGACAACUAUUGGUGCAAAUGAGGACGGAGGAAUGCUGCUGUUUACUUCUGUUGGCAGGGCUGGAGCUCGGAGGAGGAAGGCCGGACACAGAUUUCUCAUUGAGCUACUGAUAGGCCACUUCCUGUCCAUACUGGACGGCGAGUGGAAACGUAUUCUCAUCAUUUGUUAAUAUUUGUGUCUUUUUUUUUUAAAGAUAUAAAUGUACAUAUACUAAAUCCCUGGAAUAUG